GGGUUGGCGGGAAUGGCGGAGGUGCAUGUAGUGGGCAGCAUAGCACAAGGCGAAGACUUCGACGAGCCAUCGCUGCUGUGCAAGUGGAGUAUCGUAACUGACGAUGGUCGAGCCGACAACAAAAGAUGGACAUUACUGGAAGGGUUUGCUAGCGGGCAGACACAGGUGGACGUGAUGCCGAGGGGAGAGCCAUGCGUCUGGUCAUAUCCCCUCGAUCUACACUACAGCACUACAGCGCUACAAGGAUGGCCCAAGUUUCACUGCGAGGUCUGGAGCCAAGACAGUCACGGGAGGAACAGCCUGGCAGGAUAUGGCUUCUGCUAUAUCCCUUCAAGCCCUGGGACAUACGAGCUCAAGGUCUGCACAUGGCGACCGAAGCCUCAGAGUUGGUUGGAGUAUGUCAGCGCGUUCUUUCUCGGAGCGUAUCCGCAGCUGAAGGACUCCGAUCUCAUAUGGCGACAGGACGAUCGUUACAGGCUGUCGACCUUCGCUUCAGGAGUCGUCGUUCUUCGUAUCUCGGUCAUCACUCUAGGCUUCGAGAAGCACGGCAUCCAGUACAGCUCGACCUCCUCCUAAGCUCUUCACUCCCUCCAGCUCUCCCUCAAGCUGUGUCGUUCUCCUCUCCCCUCUCCCUCUCAGUUUGUUUCUCUCGAAUUCUUUCAGUUCGAAUGUUUGAAGACGAUUAAAGUGUAAAGCAUAACAGACUU